CGGGACGGAAGCCAGGAUCGCCUCCGGUCGGAUCGCAAAGAUGGCGUCGUCCGCCUCAGCUCGGCCUGCCGCAGGGAAGCGAGUGGUGAAUCAGGACGAACUGCGGCGGUUGAUGAAGGAGAAACAGCGUCUGAGCACCAACCGGAAACGGAUAGAAUCUCCAUUCGCGAAGUACAACCGCUUGGGGCAGCUGAGUUGUGCCCUGUGUAACACUCCGGUUAAGAGCGAGCUCCUGUGGCAGACUCACGUCCUGGGAAAGCAGCACCGAGAGAAAGUGGCCGAGCUGAAAGGCGCGAAGGAAGCAGCCCAGGGCCCGUCCGCCAGCGCAGUGCCUCAGUCGACCAAGAGGAAGGCGCCGGACUCUGAGAGCCAAGAUGCCAAAAGAGCGAAGGCUUCCCUGGUUCCUCAGGUACAGCCCUCCACGUCCGCUUUGCCCACCAACUUUGACAAAGCCGGGAAGGAGUCCACUAGGGCGACCGUCGGUAAGGCUUCGGGACUCGGUUUACUCCCUGAUUAUGAUGACGAGGAGGACGAGGAAGAGGAGGAGGGAGGAGGAAGAGGAGAAGGGAAGAAGGGGGAUGCCUGUAAGCAGCCGUCCAAUUCACAGAGCAAGGAACACUCACUUUCCUCCUCGCGGGAGGCAACUGGUAGUAGGCUGCCAAGCAAUUUCUCGGAUACAAAUCCUCCCAAGGCCCCUUUAAUCCCUCAUUCCGGGUCAAUUGAGAAAGCAGAAAUACAUGAAAAAGUAGUAGAAAGGAGAGAAAACACUGCGGAAGCAUUACCGGAAGGGUUUUUUGACGACCCUGAGAUAGAUGCGAGGGUACGAAAGGUUGAUGCCCCAAAGGACCAGAUGGACAAAGAAUGGGACGAAUUUCAAAAAGCUAUGAGACAGGUCAACACUAUUUCCGAAGCCAUAGUUGCCGAAGAGGAUGAGGAGGGACGGUUGGACCGACAGAUUGGGGAGAUCGAUGAGCAGAUUGAGUGUUACCGUCGAGUGGAGAAGCUGCGGAAUCGCCAGGAUGAAAUAAAAAAUAAGCUUAAAGAGGUUCUGACCAUAAAAGAACUGCAGAAAAAGGAAGAGGAGAAUGUUGACAGCGAUGACGAGGGGGAACUACAGGAUUUAUUGUCUCAGGAUUGGAGAGUGAAGGGAGCUUUGUUAUAGGGUUUCAGAGACCCACGAUUUUGUACUGUUGUGUAGAAAGUGCUGUCUCAGUACAGUACCCUUUACUCCAUGCCUAGAGAUUUGGUAACCUAACUGGAUUGUUGAGAUACAAUGAGCCUGCGAAGAGACCACUUUGGAAAAUUGGUGUAAAAUAUUUUUGAGGUAGAGGUGUUUUUGAAGUAUUACAUACUUAAUGCCAGUUUUUUCACACACUUAUAUAGCUAAAGUUUGGGUUGUAAAAACUGUAAAUGUUGUACAUACUAAAUAUAUAUUUGCGUAAGAAUUCUGGUUUGAAAUUUAUAAAUUAAUAGAAGUCAGACUAACAGACAAGCUUUUAAAUGAAAACCAAGUGUGGCGUUUGUGGCUUAUAUGACUUGUUCUAUUCCAACUCCCUAAAUCAAAUUCAAGGUUAUUUUGUUUUUAAGAACACUGCUCAUGAAUAACAAGUUAUUCAGAGCUAAUUAGUUCUCUGUUUUAUAAAACCAUGUUCCAGGAGAACAUAGUGAAAGAUACAUGCCAAGCAUGAUCAACUACCUUAAUCCAGAGUUUUUUGUAUUAAACCAGUAAUUCUUGGUUGUAGGUGCACAUGAAAAUUUCAUGCAAAGUUUUUUAAAAAGUGUAUGUGAAUCAUGUGUGAAGCUUUUUUUAAAAUUCAUGUGCCCCUACCAUUGAAGAGAUUCAGUAAAGCUAAAGUGGGGCUCAGACACCUGUAUUACUUUUGAAAGCUGCCCAGCUUCUGUGAGAAUUCCCAAAUGGUCCAGUGGUCAGGGGUCUGCACUUUUGCAACGGGCGCCGGUUCAAUCUCUGGUACCCCAGUCAGGAAACUAAGAUCCCAGAAAGCUGUGAGGCUUGGCCAAAAAAAUAAGCAAGCUUCCCAUUAUUCUAAUAAGGCUAAAAUGUGGGCACCACUGUGCCAAAUCCAGAACACAUUUACAUUUUCCCAGGCUUUAUUUUUUCUUUAAAUGACACAUCCCGCAAGUUAACUGUCUGUCGCAUAACAAAAAUACUAUGUUUUAUGUAUAUUCCACCUAAUCUUAGAUUUUAUUGUUAAAUAUUGUGGUAAAUUAGGGUUCAGAGUUAACAGGUUCUAUCAGUUGUAAGAAGGAGGUAAUAGCUAAGACUUUCUUUCAAUAUAAGCCAGGCAGAGUUCUAAGUGAUUUACAUAAGCUCAGUCUGAUUUCCCUGAAGCCCAGGUUUUAGGUCCAGGGUUAAGAUAUGGAAAAGCCUUGAAUGUUGAACAAAAGAAUUCUUCCUACAGACACUGGGCAAAAAGAAAGUUUUCAAGCCAAGGGUUACAUCUGCAGAAAAUACUGAAGAUUAUUUUAGUUGCAAUAUAUAGAAUGGAAUGAACAUGAGUAGAGGGCAGGAAGCUGGGAAACUACUUGGAAACUAGACUUUAAAAGCAAAGCAACUAAGACUAACUAGGUGUGUACUGAAAAAAAGGUAAUAGGAUUGAAGAAUUUCAUAGGAAGAGCUAACAUCUUAGUAACUAGAAGAGAAGAAAAAUAGAAAUACAGAUGGAAUUCAGGGGUUUGGAGUUUUUCUAGUAUGGGUGCCUGUAAGAAGUUACCUUAAUGCUUCGAGAGCAUUUUAAUUGUCCUAUGCCUUUGGCAAAAAGGCUUUGCUUUCCUGAUGUGUCCAGCUGAUCUGACAGUAACUUCAGUUUGAUAAUGUAAAGGGUAUGUCUGCAUCAAAUAUAUGAACCCAGACUUAGAAUUUU